CUCUGUUUCUUCUCCAACGAAAUCUUCUCUGCUCUCAGUCACCAAAUGCCCGUGCCAUGCCGCUGACCAUGUCCACUGCGCUCCGCACCGCCCUGCCCCCCGCCGGCGCGUGCCUGCGUCAGCGGCGCGCCGGCCUCGUCCGUGCGAGCCCCACGGAGGCGGCGGCGAGCGGGGAGAAGGGAGGGAGGAGGAGGAGGAGGAGGAGGAGGGCGAGGAAGGUGCAGGAGGUGGGGCUGGAGCCCCUCUACGACGACGGCUUCGGGGCGGUCACCGGCAAGGACUACCUCGACGCGCUCAGGGCCAUGCCGCUCGACGGCCCGCCCCGGUGGUUCUGCCCCGUCGAGUGCGGCCCGCCGGCGGUGGAGGGGCCGCCGCUGCUGCUCUUCCUGCCAGGAGUUGAUGGUGUUGGAAUGGAGCUCAUCAUGCAGCACAAAUCUUUGGGCAGGGUAUUUGAAGUCCGCUGCUUGCACAUACCAGUGAAUGACCGUACAACAUAUGAAGGGCUAUUACACGUUGUGGAGGAAUCUGUCAAAUAUGAGCAUAAUUUGUCACCAAACAGACCAAUAUAUAUCACUGGAGAUUCCUUCGGUGGAUGUUUAGCUCUUUCUUUGGCAGCUCGAAAUCCAGAAAUCGACUUGGUUCUUAUACUAGUAAAUCCAGCGACAUCAUUUGCGAAAACUCCGCUGCAGGCAAUGUUGCCUCUCCUGGAAAUGGUGCCAAGCAACCUUCCUGUGAUCACACUCCCUCACCUUCUCAGAUAUUUCAUUGGUGACCCUCUUAAGAUGGCAAUAGUUAGCAUUCAGACCAAUACCUCUCCUCAAGAUACUCUGCAAAGAUUUUCAGAGAAUCUCUCUUCAAUCCUACCUUUACUUUCAGAAUUUGGACGUGUUGUACAAAUGGAUACUCUUCUUUGGAAGCUCAAACUUCUUAAGUCAGGUGCAGAAUACGCAAACUCUCAUCUUCAUGCAGUACAAGCAGAAGUUCUGCUUCUUGCCAGUGGCAAUGACAAUCUUCCUCCAAGUGGAGAAGCAGAUCGGCUGUUUAAGACACUGAAAACCUGCAAAGUUCGAUACUUCAGGACUUCAAGUGAUAGACUACUCAUGGAGGAGAGCUUUAAUCUGCUAACUGUUAUAAAAGGAUCCAGCAUGUACCGGCAGGGCAAACAAAGGGACGCGGUGACCGAUUUCCUCCCACCUACAUUAAGUGAAUUCAGGAGAACAUAUGGUGUAGAUUUCAAACUGCUUCACCAUUUACUGAGCCCAGUCAUGCUAUCCACUCUGAGAAAUGGCAAAAUUGUCCGUGGCCUCGCCGGUGUUCCUGACAAAGGCCCCGUCCUGUUGGUGGGUUACCAUCAGCUCCUGGCAAUGGAGAUCACUUCAAUGGCUGAAGAGUUCUUGAGAGAGAAGAAAGCAGUUCUCCGAACUUUGGCUCACCCGGUGUUUUUCGUAGGAAAUUUUGAGAUUUUGCGACAGGAGAUAUCUUUCUUUGACGUAGUCCCUAUGUAUGGGGGAGUACAAGUCAGUCCGAUCAAUACAUAUAGGUUAUUUGAGAGAGAUGAAUUUGUUCUCCUCUAUCCUGGGGGUAUUAGAGAAGCUCUUCAUAGGAAGGAUGAAGACUACCAGUUGUUUUGGCCUGAUCAGCCGGAAUUUGUAAGAAUGGCAGCACAAUUUGGAGUUACUGUGAUACCAUUUGGUUGUGUAGGAGAAGAUGACAUGUUAGAGAUAGUUCUGGAUUACAAUGAUCUAAAGAACAUCCCUUUUAUCAGAGAAACAAUAGAGUCGUUCAACCAAGAUUGUCCAGGAGUAAGGAGUACUGUAAAAGGAGAGGAAGGGAAUCAGGUCUUACACUUGCCUGCUGUUCUCCCUAAAGUACCAGGCCGGCUAUACUACCUAUUUGGAAAAUCAAUUGAAAUGAAAGGAAUGGGCGGUGUACAAAGGGACAGGGAAAGCGCAAACCAAUUAUAUUUGGACAUCAAGUCGGAGGUUGAGAACAUAAUGUCUUAUCUGAAGAGGAAGAGAGAGCAAGAUCCUUACCGAAGCAUCACAGCACGCACACUGUACCAGGCAACCUGGGGAGCUACUGCUCAAAUCCCUACUUUUGAGCCAUGAAAAUUGUCUUUUAUGCUAAUGCGGUCCAUGAAAAUUAGAAGCAGAAAGGAAUUGGAAGAAGAUAAGCUAAAUACUAUAUAUAUUUUUUAAUCUGUUCUAUACCCUCAGCCAUAGGAGUCCAACUUGGACACAAGAUAAGACUUCCUAACAAAAGAAAAGGAAAAUAACUAUCUUGAUUAAUUACAAGAAAAUAUUUUAGGAAAGUAUAAAAUUGUC